UUAUCGGUCGUAUUAUGAAUUUUGUUGAUACUAUAGGUGUGGAUCCUACUCAAGGAACCAUUCAAGAGGCCGAGAAUAAAAAUUCUACUACCUCGGAAAACACAUUUGAAAAUGUAGCAGCAAAGAAUGCGAUAAUCUCUAACGAAUCAGCAGAAGAAAAGGACAACACCGUUUCUACCGUGAUUAUUGAAACCACUCUUCAGAAAAGAGAAUCCGAUAAUUUAUUACGUGAUUCUGGCUAUGGUGAAAAAUCAACGUCAAUGGUGGAUAAUGAUAAUAAACGUGGGGGUAGAUCCUUUGGAAAAAGUCGCUUUUUUUUCAUCUACGAAAUUUCUAGUUCACAAGAAGAUAAUUCAGUUAUACAGUCUAAUAUAACGUUAAGAAGAAAUAGCCAUUUAAGUAGAAAAGGUUCUAUACAUAGUAGAUCUUCAAGACAGUCUUCCGUCUCUUCUAAAUUUUCAGUUAAGACUACUGCUACUGGCGUUAUAAUGGAAGGAGACGAUGAUCCUAAGUUCCGCAAUAAAUUUUUUACUACUUCAAAAAGUACCAGUCGAAAAUCUAACAAAUCCUUAAAUUUUUUGAGAAAAUUAUGGAAAGCAAAUCAUCAAGAUUUAUCUAGCAACGAGAUUUUAGAACAAUAUUAUCAACAAAAUGGUAACGACAAUCAG